CUGUCAUCGGCAGUGUUGUUGGAAAAUAAAAACAAACAUCUGAUCGUGAUUCUUGAAGUGAAAUCCGCGCGCGGUUCGAAAAUCAUCAUGCCGAAACCCCGAUCCAGCCGCGUGAAACCCGGUGCAAAGCCUCAGAAGAAGUCUCCGUCACCACAAAAGAAGAACUAUCCCACCCACAGCAUUCCUCGCUCCAAGCUGAACGCGGCCAUAAAGUUCCUAGAGAAGAAAACCCCACCAAAAGCGCGGAAUCCCAUGACGGAUUCCUGCUUCAAGAGCAUCCUGGACAAGGUGGGUGCCACCCAAUCUCGGCGAGUUGAUAGCUACAUGAACGACACGGCCAACGUGCUGGAAGUGGCCCGGAACUGUGCUCUGAGGGGACGCUGGUCGGAUCUGAUGAAGACGUUCGCCAUCCAGAUGGAGAGCAUUCGGCGAUACGACCUGGCCGCGGCGCUGAGGAAUGCCCUAUUUGCCAUCAUAGCCGACCCGGUCCUGAACGAUCCGUCCUUUCUCGAGGCGUAUCUGUACUCCAAUCCGUACUGUACCAACCAGAGCGAUUUGAAGUACUGCAUGGACAAAAUCCUCGAAGUUUUCCAGGGCGUUACCAUCCACACGACCAAAUGGAAACCAGCCAAGGAGGAUGAAAGUGAGGCUGAGAUUGACCAAAGCAGCGGCGAUUCCUCAUCAUCGGAUGAUGAUUAGUUUGAGAAAUAGGAUUAAGAUGUUAAAAAUGGCUGUGACACGUUUUUGUAACGGAAUUCUAAAUAGGUAAUAAAAUUGCUCUGUAAUAUUUUUUCCGUCCUCUUGCCUUA